CACUGCCUGCCUCCUGUAGUGCAGUCAUUGUGUUCCCUCGUCUGCAUUGGGGCAAAAUGGGACGAUGUCACCAAUCUCUGUGUCCAAACAUGAUCCAACAGGGCUGCUGUGACCCGUCUUUUUCCCACUGAACCAGACGGGAUGGAAGUUGCUGCGUGAUGAUGAGAGAGGGGCGGGUGAGGGUCCGCCUGGCACCGGGGUGGAGAAUGUAGAGAGGACGCAGACCGUCGAUCGGUGACAGCGGUACGGUCAGAAAACUCAGAGGACGGCCAUGUACAGGGAUUGCGUAAAUAUCGCCGCGGUUUCUCUACCUCCAGACAGAUUCACACUGUGUCAGUCUCUUUGCUCUGCACUGCUGGAUCCUCUUCAGUCCUUUGCCUUCAGCUUGGGAUCAGGAUUCUCUCACACUCAACAUCUUUUCAACCCGCUGCUGCAGAUGAGGAGGCUACUGGACCACUGGAUGUUGUUCUUUUAGGAAAAGUUGUUUUUAACUGCGAAUGAGCAUCAUCCUAUGUAAGGAAUAAACCAAACCCUAGCAACUGGGGAAUGUUCCGAACUAUUAUUUGACCAAAGAUGCAGAGGGAUGGACGACACACGAUUGUCAAAAAACUGAGCAAGUCGAUUUGAAGCAACAGUUAUUGUUUAAGAUCGACUUUUUUGAGCUUUAGAUUAUGUUAUAAGGUUAUUCCCUCAUCGGAGACACACCUGGAGUGUUGCUUUGAUUUUUCCAUGCAUGUUUGAGAAAUCUUUUAAUCUCCCAUGCAACACUUCAGCUGCGCAAAACUCUUGGUGGGACCUAACACCGCAUUCAAGGAUGACGCUCCACCUCAGACGUACAGCUCCCAAGCUUCAGAGCUUCCCCACUCAGCUCCUUCAGACUAGCCAUCAGCAAUUAGCCAACACCUGGUGGAACUGCACAUGUACUGAGCUCGUUAUAGGAGCUACUUAUCAGUAAAACAUUCCUAAAAACACUGUUAAAGUUGUGAUGACGUCCUGAAGGCGGAGUUUCAGAAAGUGAAGGAGUUUCUUAAAGAGACAGAGACCCAAUUCCAAGGUGUUACAUUACAAAAUCAAAUUUCUUUUAAGUCAUAUUUGAUAUAUGUAGCAUUUUUAUAACAACUGAAUGUUACUUGAUUGGGAUAUGAAAUAGUACUAUGUGUCUAGGAAACACAUAAAACUGCAUUUUUUAAAAACUUUUUUCAUGAAUAUAGACCUCAGUCUGGUUAAAGUGUUGCAUUCUGAGCAUUAAUACAGCAUCAGAGUCUUGGCGUGCCAUGCCUGAGAUGCAGAGCCUUUACUACAGCAUGCGUCGGCCCCCAAGCCUCUACCUGGGCCCCUUGGUCGCGCAGCAGCACAUGCUGGAGGAAGAAGUGCAGUUCUGGUGGUUCCGAGACCCCAGACGGUCCUUGUUUUGCUACUGUGCCUCAGUGGCACUCAUACUGGGACUGGGCCUUGGUGGAGUGGGGCUUCUCUCCACCACUAACAGCCUCUCCGUGGAGUGGCGUCUUGGAGUGGGGACCACGCUCUGCCUCCUGGCCCUCGCCGUUCUGCUCAAGCAGCUCCUGAGCUCUGCCAUCCAGGACAUGAACUGCGUUCACAGUCGCCGUCAGAUUGAGCGGCUGCGGAGCGGAGGGAGGGCCGAUCCGGCGCUGAUCCUGGCCGUGGGGCUGGCGGUGACGCUGUGCGGGACGGUCCUGCUCUGCGUGGCCAUGGUGGGCGGCCGGAGCCAUGACAGGAGGGAAAUGUUGGUGUCCGGGGUGGUACUGGUGGCUGCCGGCACCGGUACGGGCCUGGCCGUUGUGGGGUACGGCGUGAUGGUGCAUCUCAAGAGGAGAAGGGAACAGAGGAUGAGGAGGAGACUGAGGGUCAGGAGCACGAGGAGGCUGGGGGGUCACGGCGUCCGAAUGUUCAACGUUUCGCCUCGACAGACGAGUCAAGCCAGGAGAGACGUGUCUACCAGCAGGACAAGUCUGAUCUGAACGGACCAAACUGACCAGAACACAAGGACAAAGCACUGGACUGGAAUAGAAACUUUGCAAUUUGCUUAAGUAAUAAAGAUGAGAAUCUUAUUACAAGUUUCAGUAGUCGCGUUUCCAUUAGUCAAAGUAAAAGCAAAUUGAAAUCAUGAAAACAGGUUUGCUUAAUGGAAACAUGGCAAUUUAGACAGCGAUGUAUUUUGCAAAACUGCAGUGGACCCACUUUUAUCACAUCACGUGAGUCACAUGAUUAACAGCCAGAUGUCUCUACUGGUGGAAACGACAAAGAAUAAGACAGGAAGUGGAUGAUUUUUUUUUUCUGGCUCCACCAGGGCUCUCACAGCAAUUACACAGUUCAUAAAAAGUUGUGUGUUUAAUCCGUAGCUUUUCUGUAAAAUGUAUGACUCCUAAUUUUUCCCCAAAAUGCAGCCGCUCCCAAGUAUAAGGGGCUUUUCGUUCCAACGCCUGAAUAAGACGCUGACAUCUCCUCUCAUUGCCGAUAGAUUCUAUGGUUAAGAGGAAAAUUUCCACACAAUUUAAAGUCAAUUUAUUUCUGCAGAGGGAAAGAUUAUUCAGAAAUGGAAAGCAUUUGGGACAUUUACCAAUGAGGGAGUGGACCAAGUCUGAAACUCAAUAGACCUCAGUUCAUCUGUUAAAUGUGUAAAUAAUUAAGAGGAAAAUGGGGGGGGGAAGAAGAAGAAAAAAAAAAGGUCAAGAGCAACUGAAACGGUUUCCAAUAAAGAAUUUGCCAGAAUCACUUUGGUUUGGAUGAAUGGAAAAAAAAGACAGACAUAUGGGACCAAAACAGACACCGCAGACCCAGGGAUGUACUUUCUUUUUUUUUCCACAGGUAUUGUAAAUAAAGUUUAUGUAAUUUAAGUCAUUUAGAACAUUGCAAUGAAUGAAUUUAUUCAGAGAAAAUUUUAUAUAUGUAAUGUAAAAAAUAAAUGUGAACAUCAAGGUGUGGCAAACGUGAUUCGUUUUUACAUUUUCAAACAUAAUCACCUCGAGACAGAGUUCAGUCAUUCUGAAAACAUAUCCGUAUCUUUCACAUGUGCAUUAAAAUGUUUUAAAGUGUUUAUACUGAGUAUAAUCGGGGUGAGAGGGGGGGGGGGCUUGUGUGGUCUUCAAGCUCUACAUAAAACAGAAAAUACGUGAAUAAAAUCAUUUUAAUUGAAGAACAAAGGGGAAAAAAAGUGCAAUCAGAGGUCAGAGUGCGUACAAGAAGUGCAACUGCAAGCUCAUCGACUUUAUUACUAGACCUGAAAUACCUGAGCCAGUAGAUAUGCCAGACGCUUGUCAUAAAAA